AAUUCUGUAUCCAAAGUGUACGUAUUGCAAACAAUCGAGCUAAUUUAAUUCCCAAGUUUGUCUGAAGUAGUACAAUACCAAGUUGUUUGGUAGGAGAGAAAAAUGGCGUCAGAACAGGAAAGGAAAGAACUCGACCAAAAGGCAAGGGAGGGAGAGACUGUUGUACCUGGUGGCACCGGUGGGAAGAACCUAGAGGCUCAGGAACACCUUGCUGAAGGACGGAGCAGAGGAGGGCAUAAAAGGAGUGAGCAGCUGGGUCAUGAAGGGUACCAGGAACUGGGGCAUAAAGGAGGGCAGACAAGGAAGGAACAGAUGGGACACGAGGGUUACCAUGAGAUGGGUAAGAAAGGAGGACUUAGCACCAUGGACAAGUCUGGAGGAGAGCGCGCUGCUGAGGAAGGGAUUGAGAUUGACGAAUCCAAGUACAGAACCAAGAAUAAGUGAUAAAUAUACAUAUUCUCUAGCUAGCUAACUGGCUAUAUCUAGGCUUUUUGUGUGGUUUUGGUAGGUGUGGUUGUAGUUGUAGUGGUAAAUUAGCUGGUUGAAGUAGUAGGAAUGGUAUGUUUUUGGUGGGGUGUUGAGGUUGUGUAGUUUGUGUCGUAGAAGUGACUUGUUUUUGAAUUAUGUCCAUGUGUGUUUUCUAAAUGUAGGUUUUGCUUUUGUUGGGGUGCUCAUCAAAUGUGGUCAUGUACUGCUAUUUCCUGAAAGGGUUCGUUAAUAAAAAUCCUAACAAGCAGUUGACUGAUUU